GCACAGUAUUCUCAUCAUGUGAUACAAGAAAUCCUGGGGCACCUUGAUUUCCGCAAGCGAGACUCCCCCCGUGUUCGAGCGGGCAUCAUCCAGGUUCUUUUGGAGACCAUCGCGAUUGCUGCUAAAGGAUCUAUCGGCCCGACCGUCCUGGAGGUCUUCAACACUCUGCUGAAACACCUGAGCCUGAGCGUGGAUUUUGAACUGGGCACAAAGUCAGGUUCCAGUGGCAGCAUCGACACCCGCUCAAAGGAGUGUGAGGAGAAGAUAGUCCAGAAUGCCAUCAUUCAAACCAUUGGAUUCUUUGGGAGCAACCUCCCGGAUUACCAGCGGUCUGAGAUCAUGUUGUUUAUAAUGGGGAAGGUCCCUGUGUUUGGGAUGACGGCUCACACCUCAGAGAACGGCCAACUUGGGGAUUUGGGAACCAGGAGGAUCCAGAUCAUGUUGCUGCGCUCUUUGCUGAUGGUCACCUCUGGCUACAACGCCAAGAGCAUCGCCACUGUCCUUUCGGCCCCCUUCCUCGACCCUCUGUUGUCCACUUCGCUCAUGGAAGACUGCGAGCUUCGGCAGCUGGUCCUGGAAGUGCUGCACAAUCUUAUUGACCGGCACGACAACCGAGCAAAGCUCCGAGGAAUAAGGAUAAUACCAGACGUGUCGGAUCUGAAGAUAAAGCGAGAUAAAAUUUCAAGGCAAGACGUGAGCUUCAUGAAGAAGCACGGCCAGCAGCUGUACAGGCACAUCUACUUGGGCUGCAAGGAAGACGACAACGUGCACAAGAACUUUGAGCUGCUCUACACGACCCUGGCGCUGAUCACCAUCGAGCUGGCCAACGAGGAGGUGGUGACCGAUCUGAUCCGCCUGGCUGUCGCCUUGCAGGAUCUGGCCAUUCUCAAUGAGGACAACUUGUCCAUGUUCAGCCGCUGCAGUGUCAUGGCGCUGGUCGCCGCCUACCUCAACUUCCUGAGCCAGAUGAUCGCCGUGCCCGCCUUCUGCCAGCACGUCAGCAAGGUCAUCGAAACCAGAACGGUGGAAAGUCCGUGCUUCUUGCCAGAGACCAUAUUCCGAGACAAGUGCAGCCUUCCCAAAACCUUCGACAGGGACGACAAGAGCCUGUUCUUCCUGAUGAACAAGAUCGCGGAGUCGCUGGGCGGCAGCGGCUACAGCGCGGAGAGGCUGUCUGUGCCAUACGUCCCUCAGGUGACAGAUGAAGACAGGCUGUCGCGGAGGAAGAGUGUGGUGGACACGGUCUCCAUCCAGGUGGACAUUCUGGCCGGCAACGGAACGGAGGAUAAGGUCAACAACACGGAGGAAAUUACCUUUGAAGCCCUGAAGAAGGCGAUAGACAACACCGGCCUCGAAGAGCAAGAGAAGGAGAAGAGGCGCCUGGUGAUUGAAAAGUUCCAGAAGGCCCCCUUUGAGGAAAUUGCGGCCCAGUGUGAGAGCAAGGCCACCCUUCUUCAUGACCAGCUGGCCCAGAUAUUGGAACUCACAAUCCGCCCCCCUCCCAGCCCCUCCGGGACGCUCACGAUCACCGCUGGACACACCCACUACCAAUCCGUUCCCGUCUAUGAGAUGAAGUUUCCGGAUCUUUGUGUGUAUUAAGUGUCUUCUGGCCUCUGCUGGGCCUUCCUUGGCGUUAGAGCACACUGUGCAAAGCCCGAGAGGAGCGUCAGACUCUCUCGCAGUCCCCUUUGCUAAAAUUUUAAUAGAGCUUUCGGAGGAUAGCCUUGGACGUAGCACCGCUGGGCUGGGAUGGUGCCUGAAUCGUAGAGGUUUCUGGCCCGGCUCUUGAGAUUGAUCAUCUGUUGAUUUCAUGACUGAUUUUUUAAUCUCGCCUCAGUGUAAAGAAACCUGAGUGGGACGCUACCUGUUUUGCCAAAAUGCUUUCUUUUGGGGUGGGAGACUUUUUAGGUCAAUCCACUGAAAUGCUAUAGCAUUAAGGAGCCAGCUUGUAGCCUUAAGCAAUGCUGGGUGGGAAUUUGGCUACCACUGAUCCCAAGAUCCUAAAAGCCACACGAGGAGCAAGAGUCCGACCCUCUCCAGUCCCAGGAGCCAGUCCGGGCUGAACUUGCUCUCCAGACGCUCGUCGCCUGCUCUGCUUUGGCGAAGCAGUUGCCUGCCUUGGAGCACCAAACUUUUUGAAUGUCACCCCCAUGCUUUUUUGGAGGAGAAAUUGUAUUUUUGCUGUGCCGCUUUUAGGAUAUGGAAAACCAUACAUACAUAUAUUUAGUAUAGCAAGAGGGGAUAGCGUUUUAAAGCGGAAAGUAGUUUUCUAUGAAUUCUCCGUUCCAGUGGACGAGAGAAGCAGGUUAUUCUACGACACGGUCCUCUGUAGUACAGUGGUGUAUCUUUCGAGUGGUUAUUUUGUCAGCUCAACAAAAAGCCUGCUAGAGGUUAUCAUUCCUAUUGCUUGCACUGCUUCCUUCCCCUCCUGGCAAGGGGUGGCAUCUUUAAAAAAUGCAUUUCCCUCUGUCUGCUUUGAUUUCAUUGCCACAUUUUCCCCUGGUGGGAAAAUGGACCCCCGCCUACAUACCCUUUUCAAGAAAUUCCCUGCCAAAAGAAAAGAGCGGCCUUCUGUUUUGUUUACCCGUCACGCAAGAAACAAAGUGUUGGCCGUGGUUUUUUGCAUCUGACCCACGGAUGAAAUUUUGUCAGUAAAGCCAGAGAAGCACAGCAACAGUUGGCAAGCUAAAGUCCUCAGUGGAUGGGGGGGGGGUCCGAACUGCUCCUAGUUUCCCCUCCUGCAAGGGGAGGCCUCAUUUCCCAGGAGUCCCACCUCCUGUCGCACCGCCCGUGCCCACACCCCUUUGCCGGCUGCCUUGCUGCAGGGUGGAGGAGGAGGAGGCAGGAAAAGCCCCCUCGUAUGAGUGGGACUCUCCUCACACCGCUCCAC